ACACAAUCUGGGGCUUUUAAAGAGCGGUUGAAAUCUAGUCUAUUAUAUAUACUUGCAUAUCUCUUCAAGUCUUCAUCAUCUCCACCUUUACCUACAAGAAGCUAACAUCUCCCACCUUAAACGAAGCUUACUACAAAGAGAAACUUAAAACGAGCAUGAGGGUUGUCUCAUGGCUGUUCGACUCAGAACAUUCUUCCCGGAGAAGAAGACGGACACCAAAAUCUCCGACGCAUUUGGAUUCCGCCGACAGCGCCACGUCAUCUUCGCUCGCCGGCUCUACCAGCCUCCACAGCAGCCUCUCUCUCCAGACGCUCCCUUCCGUUCCCUCUCUUCAGAAAAUCCCCUCCGAGACUCUCGCCGUCGCCGUCUCUCACUCCGUUACCUCCUCGUUCAAACUCCGGGAACGGAGCCUCCCCGUCACCUGUCUCGCCGUCAACGGCGGUUACCUCUUCGCGGUCUCCGGACACGAGGUCAGCAUCUACGAUCGCGCCAUGUGUGCUCAUCUCGACGCUUUCAACGGCCAGGAUCCUUUCUCGGGCUCCGUCAAGUCUAUCGGGUUCUGCGGUGAAAAAAUCUUCACCGCUCACCAGGACGGUAAAAUCGUUUGGAAAUUAACCGCCAACGGUUACAAACAGUUGACGACUCUGCCCACUUUAAACGACCGUCUGCGACGUUUCGCUCUUCCUAGAAACUACGUUCAGGUUCGCCGUCAGAAACGUCUCUGGAUCGAACACGCUGACGCCGUUACCGCUCUCGCCGUUAGUAACGGGUUCAUUUACUCUGUUUCUUGGGACAAGACGUUGAAGAUAUGGAGAGCUUCCGAUCUUCGUUGCCAGGAAUCUGUUAAAGCGCACGAUGACGCCGUUAAUGCUGUCGCCGUUUCUACUAACGGCACCGUUUACACUGGAUCCGCGGACAGGCGUAUCCGGGUUUGGGCGAAACCCGCAGAUUCGAAGCGCCAUAAGUUAGUCGCGACAUUGGAAAAGCACAAAUCGGCGGUUAACGCUCUUGCAUUAAGUGAGGAUGGUUCGGUUUUGUUCUCCGGUUCGUGUGACCGGUCGAUUUUGGUUUGGGAGAGAGAGGACAGCUCCAAUUACAUGGCUGUGAGUGGUGCUUUGAGGGGACACGAUAAAGCAAUACUGAGCUUGUUUAACGUCUCUGAUUUGCUUAUAAGUGGAUCUGCCGAUCGGACGGUUAGGAUCUGGCGGCGUGGAACCGAUGGUAGUUAUAGUUGCUUGGAGGUGCUUUCCGGUCACACGAAGCCGGUUAAAUCGCUUGCAGCGGUUAAAGCGGAGUUAGCCGGUGUUGUUUCAAUCGUUAGUGGAAGUCUUGACGGAGAGGUUAAAUGUUGGAAAGUGUCCGUUUCAAAACCGGAUAAUUCAAUUUACAGAGAUCUCGUUUUAUGAACUUUUAUUCUUUUUUUUUUUUUUGAAAAGAGUACUUUUGUUUCUUUUUUGUAAAAUUACUUCGUUAUUUGUUUGGCGAACAACUGUUUGGCGUUUUCUAACCGUCACUUUACAAACAAAUAAAUUAUUCCAAUAUGUA